AUGCGCGGCUUGAUUUGUCUGGGCGCGGCUCGAUGUUGCUUGGGUCGGCAAGGUUGGAUUCCCAACCGUACGAUCGCCAUCGUGCGGUUCACCCUCGUUCCUUUGCCCAGCUACCCCAGGACGACUGGGCACUUCGUUCCCUCGUCCGUCUCUCUCCCUCUCCUCUUCUCCUCCUUCGCCAUCGCUGCUGUCGUGAUGUAUCCCCUGCUCCUCCCUAUAAUGUUAGGGCUAUUCGCCCCGCCGCCUGAAACGCGUUUUCCGGUCCUCCUCCUUCGCCGCUUCCUCCUCUUUGUCCCGCGGCCCGGCGCCUUCCUCCUCGCGAUGGUGAUUGCUGGUGGGCUCGAGCUGUUGCUAGAGCACGCUGUCGUUGCGUCAGUGGUGCGCGAAAAGUCACCGCCGGUGACUGCAUCGGGAAACGUCGCGGCGAAGCCGCCAAAGCCGCCUGCCCCGAAAACCUUGUCAUCGCCAACUGCUGGGCCUGUGGCGCCUCCGGCUGCCGUGGUCGCUCCUCAAGCUCCCGUUCGCCCGGAGCCGCCGCAAGUGGCACCUGCUGCGGUUGUUGUGCCACUGGUUGCCCCUGUCCUUGCCGCCCCUGUGAUCGCCGCUGCCCCUGCUGCUCUUAGCGGCGGUGUCCGCCACCACUGGCGGCCCGGCCCCGGCGGUGGUGCCUGCCGAGGCUGUUCAGUCGGCGCCUGCAGCACCUCCGUUGGUUCCGCCUGGGCAGCCGAGUCUCCUCAGCGCCGCUCAUCGGGCGGGAACUGGCACGCGCGACGGGGUGGGCGCGGGGGCUGGAGGGGAGGUUACGGUCGUGGACGUGGCGGCGCGUUUGAUGGGCCGGUGACGAUGGCUGACUUGCAGCGGGUUGUAACUGCUGCGAUGCGUGAGGAGAGGGCCCUGCAGGCAAACCAGCAGCUCCCUCGUGCAACUGCCACUCCUCCUCCUGUUGCACCUCCUGUGACUGCACCAGCGGCGGUUGCUCCUCAGCCUCCUGCUCCCCCUGCUCCUUAUCCGUCCUUCCUGCCUUGUGACUCUGCUUCUCGUGCUGCUGGUGUUGCGCAGCCGUUCGAGACGUUUGUGGGUUCUUCCCGCGCGGCAGAGGUUCCGGAGGCGACCCUUGGGCAGCUGUGGCACCUCUCUGAGGGUUUGCGGGCUGUUCAUCUAAUCCAGAUGUACGGUCACGCGGGUCUCUCCCUUGGGAACACUCUGGUUGGCGGUUCCCGGGACGAGUGUCCUGACGCCGCGGAUCGGCUCGCGGAGCUCCUGGCGCCCGUGUUGGCUGCGCCCGCGAGGGGAGGAGUUGCGGGCGUUGGGCAGCUGGGGACAGCUGUACGAGGCCUGAGGCACUUUUUGCGCGCUGGGACUGCAGCCAAUGUGAUCGGCGCAAGCACGGCGGUGGUGCGGGAGCUCCACCGCUCUCUGACUGGGCUCCUUGCUGUUCUUGAUGCUGAUUAG